UAUAUGAUGACAAAUAGUUGGCCAUUGAGUGUAUCGACAAAUUACCGGCUCUGACAUGGUUGGUAACGCCAGUGUUUUCUGCCGGGAUAACUAUACCGACAAAAAUCUUAUUGAUGAUGUCAACUGUACGGAAGGAAAUCUUACCGCCAAUUCUACGGUUCGUCUUUCGGCUUUCACCGCUGACCAGGUCGCCAGAGCGCAAUGGUUAUGGUGGAUAUGUUAUCCGGUACUAUUAGCCUGCUGUACGGUGGGCAAUGGUCUCAAUCUCGUCGUUCUGAUUCGCCAGGCCAAAAAGAACAGCACCACGUCGUACAUGAUUGCCAUGGCAUUUAGUGAUCUUGUUGUACUGUGGUUAUUUUUUCCGAUAUUCUUAUGGAACCUCAGUCGAAAAUUUAACUUGCCGUAUGGUAUCGACGCAAACAAAGCAACGAUAUUCCAGUAUAUGGGUAUUCAAGGAUGGAUGCAAGAGGCGUUCAUGCAUUUGUGUGAUUGGGUAUUGCUCAUUUUCUCCGCAGAACGAUUAAUGGCCUUUGUCAAGCCUUUCUGGAUUAAGAAGCUGACGAGCGCUUUUUCGGCCAAUAUCAUAGUUGUUGUUCUGUUCGUAUCGUCGGCCAUGUUUAGCGUGGAGAAUUUUGUCUACGAGCGUUAUUGCACUGUCACAGGAUGCAACACCACUUAUUCCGCUUACAUGAAUGAAGCGGCAAAACCGGCUUGGCUCCUUAAAUGGGGAAAGAUCCAGAAUACCGCUGAGCUUUCCGUGAAUUUCGGCAAUUUCUUCCUUUUAUUACUCAUCAACAGCGCCCUCAUAGCAGCCAUUACCAAACAGCAUCGCCAAGACCUGGGCCGGGUCAAAUCCGGUAACGAAGAACGCCAGAACAACCGCCUGCGAAAUAUCCAUAUUCUCCUGCUCAGCAGUGUUGCGCUUUAUCUCGUAGCACAGUUUCCCAGUUUACUGUAUAAAGCGCUGGAGCUGGCGGACACCCUGGAGGUGUGGACUUUCGACAAAAACGCUAGGGAGUUCCCCUCGCCCAUCUGUAAUGUCACCCUGCUGGCUAACUAUUCGGUCAACUUUUUCCUGUACUUGACCGUGAGCAAACGCUACCGCCUACAGUGCACACGGACACUGCAGACAUGCUGCGGAAUUACUAAUAUUGCAGUGUAUUUCAGUACGAAAGGCAGUGUGGGCCUGACGGGCAGUACCACAAGGCGGCAGCGCAUGUUACGGUUUCUAACGUCAAAGCCAACGAAGAACACGUGUUUCGGCUCAGUACACUCCAGCUCCACAAUGGAACGUGUGGCCAAACACGAAGCCAUCCCGAAAAAGGAGACUAAAAUGUGACCUUUAGAAGCUGCUGUGUUGUGGUAGCUUGCUGCUGUGCGUUAAGAUGUUUGUUAAACAUUUAAAAUGCUGUGAACGGUUUACGUCUAUGUUACUUGCAAGUAAGCGUAUCGGCACUGAUGAAGCUAUUCUAGUUUUAUACUAUUUCGCGGGAAUCUAAGCUUGACAGAAACAUGGUAGUGGUGAAUAAAGCGCAUGUACAGAUAUCUGUAUACGUAUUCAAAAAAUGCUUUGGUAGUGCUGGCAACCAAUUCAA